AUGUCUCCCCCCUCCCCACGGGUUGAACUUGUGCUCGUUUUUUAUUACAAUCGCACGCCGAGCCAGCGCGGCAUUUUUGCACCUAAAUUUAGAGUGGGAAAUUUUCGACGGGAAGAGACAGUUUUUCUCACCGCAAACGAUGGGAGCAGGGAGGAUGUCGCCGAUAACGCCCUGAGCCAGGACCUGGACCUGAAAGACGCCCUGGAUGAAAUCACUACAGAACGAGGAGGUGAGAAAAGCGUAACGAAACCUCCGGGACGUGUCACCACCACAACCAAAGCCACAGCAAAGCCCAAACCCAACCCAGAUCUUACCCAGGACGACUUUGCUGCUACAAUCCGGCCAGGCCUGCUACCCCGCACCACCCCCAAAGCGCCCAGAACCACCAGCCCACCUCCCAGGCACCAGCCGGACUCAGAUGGCCUGGACCUGAUGGAUGCUCUGGACCCCAAAAAUGACAUCCGCCCGAAGGACAAAAAAGGGGGAAACGAUGGAGAGUUCACAGAUAGCGACCUCGACGACAUUGACAACUACAAACCUGACAAAGGCAAAGGAGGAAUUAGAGACUCGACAGACUCGGAUGACAACUACGGCACAGUUCCGGAGACGGCCACCAUCGCGGGCAUCGCGAGUGCGGUUGCCAUGGCGUUCGUCGGCGCUGUGACCAGCUACAUCUCCUACCAGAAGAAGAAGCUGUGCUUCAGUAUGCAGCAGAGCCUCAAUGCCGAGGUGGCCAAAGGUGAGAACCCUGAGGCUGUGGUAUCCCAGGAGCCCCAAGCCCAGCAGACGUUGCUGCAGUCCCCCAAUGCGGAGCCCCCUCAGGAGUGAGAACAAACGGUAAAGAACGACAAUACACACCCCUCCAACACGGAUCUACCCACCCUGCCCACAGCCCCAUCCGCAGACUAUACGUUCAUCUCUACUCCACCCUUCCACACCGACGACAUGCCCCUUUACAGUUUAACGAAAAACGCCGGACUGACCAUCUUCAUCUGUAGUCAACGCCUCCUACCUAAGGAUGCUCCUGGAAAUUUAGGAAGAGAUGCCCGUCUCCAUUGUGUUGUUUGGUCUUUAGAAGAUAAUCGAAGAACUACGACGCGUGCGAUAAAUUGCUGUUGUUGAACAUCCGGCUUAUUAGUGAGCUCAGAUUUGGAAGUGACCCUUGUAGGAGUCAUAACCAGAUCUGAUGUCACACUGCACAGCUGUCUGCUCACCCUCUGUAUGUACCAUUAUGAUAAGUGAGUGUUGCGAUUCACGUCCAUAAUUCUUCCACUACACCGACUGGGACAUUAUAUUUAUUGCCGUUUUUUUUUCUCUUUGGGGAAUGUGUAACUUUGUGUGUGUGUGUUUGUGAUGGGGGGGUCAUCUUUAGACCCCUGUUGAGCCAAGGUGGAGGGGUGGGGGAGGGGGGCUAAUAUUGCUGUUGCUGUUGUGUUAAAAGUCACUGUAACUUAUCAGUCUCUGCCGCUGUCCCCCCACCCCACGGUUAAAAUUCCAUGUCUGUGCCGCCGGGAAGUUCCAUGCUUUACUGCUGAAAUCAAUAAGAUUCGACUGUUGUGUGCGUUCGUUUGGAAAAAAAUGAGGGGGGGGAUUCUGAAAAUGUGACCGUUACAAUUGUAGCCCUUCUGAAGUGUUUUUACGAUCUAUUUUGUCGAGUUUAGUGGUCUUCAGUGCCGUAUCCCACCCGGAGCCGCCGAAACACACUGCUUUCUGCAUUCGCCGCUAUGGGCAGCGAUAGACCACAGACCCAUAUGAAACAGCAUCGCUGCAGAGCACUGGUCACUGUUGGAUGAUGUAGUCAUAACAAAUUACAUCCUUUUUAGACUUUGUACAGGUUAUCAUUUUGGACUACAUGUCAAGUGUGACAGUGGAAAUGAAGGAAUACACCUCUACCAGCAGACCAGUCUAUAGUGAUACUCUCGUCAGGCCAUCGCUGAAUGUCACGUUUUUUCUAUAGCUUUCUAUACCUACGUUAGUGAAGUGUGUGAAACCGUAGCAAUUAGGAUGUGAUAUUUUGUGCAUUGCCGUGUAGGCGUCGUCCCCCGAGAGGGAUACUGUGUGCGUAUAGUUGCAAAGCGCUUACUUUGUUUGUGGACGCGUAGCUCCCCACCCCUUUCGCUGUAGUCCGCGAGCGCUCGCUGUCCAAGUGCCCUUCUGCGCCGCUCUUCUCAUCCACACCCUCUUUUAUUUCCCAGUGAAGAGCCUGUAUUUAGGAGACCUCGGGCUUCCUGUGCGAAACCCGAAAGCUUAAUUUACAUCUAUACACAGCCGGCCUCGAAACCAAAGAUGUGGAAGGAAAGGGCUGUGCCAGCGUGAGCUCUUCUGCAUUGACAGUCUCUCUUCCGACGGUCUUCGCUGAGACGGGGUCUUGGAGCAGGUACCCGUUCGGGCACGUGGCGCGUUUCGUUGAAUGUUCCUCUACCAACAGCCUUCACGUAGGACACCUUGAACAGGUGUGGGUGGGGAACUCCAGCUUUGCCUGUGAGUGUUUUGCAAGACGGGGGGGGAAAAAAAAAAAAGCUGUGGACUGUGCAUGCUUACAGUAUAUAGUUUGUACAUAAGUAGGAGCAUAUUCACGUUACUCUUCGAACCCGGUUGACAAACCGAGCUUUGCGAUUUCAAGUAGACUUACAUUUUCAGCUCAGCUGUUCAGAUUUGUCUUCAGUGCAUGUUCUUUGCAGUCACGGUCACAUCGCCUUAUUGGAUGUAGCAGAAGGAGGAAGCAAGGGGGAAGAGGGGCCCAGUAGAGGAUGACAAGUGCUGUCCUGCCACUUGGUGCUCAAGUCAAUGCUUUAAGUCUUACCCUCACCUUACCCCCUUUUUCAGUAGCAACGCCUUCCUAGAUGUUCCUUCCAGUGCCUCUAAGCCCUAGAGUAGGGAGAUCUGACGUGACACGAAACGUUUUUUAAAGCUUAAACUUGCUGGCUUUUGAUCUGAACGUGUGAGCAAAGCGUAUGCGCGCGUUUCCUACACUACCGACCGCCGUUCCCAAUUCUUAAAUAUCCGUUGUCAACUUCACACGUGUACUGUACUGACUUGACAGUGGAAACAUUUCAACCCAAUAAAAUUACACAUUGAAAAA